UUUUUAGGUGUAUCUCAUUAAUGUCACAUACUCUGACUCCACAUCCCACAUCAUCUACAGAAGAUACAGUAAAUUCUUUGACCUUCAGAUGCAGAUCCUUGACAAGUUCCCAAUCGAGGGAGGGCAGAAAGAUCCCAAAAAACGGAUUAUCCCUUUUCUUCCAGGCAAAAUCCUAUUCCGACGAAGUCAUGUGAGAGACGUGGCCAUGAAAAGACUACGCUUUAUUGACGACUAUUGCAGAGCGCUGGUCCGGCUUCCUCCCCAGAUUUCGCAGAGCGAGGAAGUUCUCCGCUUCUUUGAGACCAAACCAGAUGAUAUCAGCCCUCCCGUAGAGGAUUAUGGAUCCAAACGCAAGUCAGUUUGGAUGUAUGGCCUUCAGGACAGUCCAACCAAGUCUGAGGCCUCAGGACUGGACAGCAGUGAGCCCAUGGUGCUGGAGCAGUACGUGGUGGUGGCCAACUACGAGCGGCAGGAGAACUCGGAGAUCAGUCUGAAGGCUGGAGAGACGGUGGACGUGAUCGAGAAGAGCGAAAGCGGCUGGUGGUUUGUCAGCACUGUUGAAGAACAGGGCUGGGUUCCUGCCACGUACCUGGACUCUCAGAGCGGCACCAGAGAUGAUCUGGACCUGGGAACAUCUAGAUCUGGAGAAGUUACUAAGAGACGUAAGGCUCAUCUGAAGAGGCUUGACCGGAGAUGGACACUAGGGGGAAUAGUCAACCGCCAACAAAGCCGAGAGGAGAAAUAUGUCACUGUCCAGGCGUAUGGCAGUCAGGGAAAGGAUGAGAUCGGGUUCGAGAAAGGAGUAACCGUGGAGGUCAUCCAGAAGAACCUGGAGGGAUGGUGGUACAUCAGGUAUCAGGGUAAGGAGGGCUGGGCCCCAGCCUCAUACCUGAAGAAACUGAAAGAUGACCUUUCCCCAAGGAAGAAGACUCUGACUGGCCCUGUGGAGAUCAUAGGAAACAUAAUGGAGAUCAGCAACCUCCUCAACAAGAAGGCUGUAAGCGAGAAGGACAUUCAAACUGAUGGCGAGGCCACCAGCCCUGAGCGCCACAUUUCCAAAAGUGAAAUCAGUUUACCUAUCCAAUAUGCCCCAGAGGCUGGAGUGGCACCCACAGUGGUCACUGGUUUGGGAAUGAACUCUGGAUCUAGCGCCGCCCUACAGGAGAACAAGAGCAGGGCAGAGCCGGGGUCACCUGCCAUAGCCCGGGUGGCACCACACAGAGUUGAGAUAGGAUUUGAUGCCAUAGGAUCUCCAAACCUCAGACAGAAACCUCCUCCUCGAAGAGAUACAAAUCUGGCAUUUCAGUUGCCCAAACCUCCAGAGGCCCCUACUGUGGAAGCGGAGUACUACACCAUAGCAGAGUUUCAAUCCAGUAUCUCAGAUGGCAUCAGUUUCCGUGGAGGACAAAAGGCUGAUGUCAUAGAGAAGAACUCUGGUGGUUGGUGGUAUGUCCAGAUCGGGGAAAUGGAAGGCUGGGCACCCUGCUCCUACAUUGAUAAACGCAAGAAGCCCAACCUAAGCAGGCGAACCAGUACACUCACCCGCCCCAAAGUUCCACCCCCUGCUCCACCAGUCAAAAAACAGGAUUCUGAGGAAUCACCUUCUCUGGGUGGCUCUGCCUCCAAAGCUCCAGAAUCCCCCACUCAGCGUGUCUAUGAGGAGCCGGAAUAUGACGUUCCUGCAAUUGGUUUUGAAUCCGAUCUGGACAGUAACCCUCCGAAACAGAAAACAAAUAAUUCCCCCAAACCAGAGCCCCGUAAGUUUGAAAUUAAAAGCAAUCCAGCAGCUGCCGAAAGGAUCGCACAGGCUGGCAAAGCGUCACCUUUACUAAAAGUGAUGACCUCCCCCUUGAGGAAAAGAAACUCAUUAGAGGAUGUCAAUAGGGAGGAAGUGAUCUAUGAAAAUGAAGGGUUUAGGUUUUCCUCUGAUGACUUUGCCAGUGGUUGUGAUUCGGAUACACCAAGGAGUCUCACAUUGGGUCGCAAACCUUUCGGGUCCUCUUCUGGAGGAGGGAAGCCCCUACGGAAAGUAACGCCGGAUCUAAGCCGGAGCCACUCUCUUGGUCGUGCUGAGAGACACAGCCCCAAGUCAUCAUCAGACGAAUCAGGACGCAAUCCCAAAAGAGAGCCUGUUAUGCGUAAAGAUGUGGAGAUCCGAAUUGGUCAGAGUCCUUUAGCCAGGCAUAAACCAGUAGUGCGACCUAAACCUUUGCUUACAAAGUCGGAGCCACAAAGUCCAGAAAGAAUGGACAUCAAAAGCCUACGUCGCCAGCUUCGGCCCACGGGAAGUCUUCGGCAAGGAGCGGUCCGUGCAGUGCGCGGUGAAGAUUCUGAGACGGCUUCCAUUGUGUCCUCAGAGGAUUCCAUCUCCUCAAGAAGUACCUCCGAUCUCUCCAGCGUCUAUUCCAAAGGUAGCCGAGGUGGGGAAUCCGACCAUGAAAGUUCGAUCUACAGGACCACAGAUGCCUACGAACGAGCCCAAGAGACAGAGGUUAGCUUCCCAGCCGGUGUGGAUGUUGAGGUGCUGGAGAAGCAGGAAAGUGGAUGGUGGUAUGUCCGUUGGGGCAAUGAUGAGGGUUGGGCACCUACUUUCUACUUGGAGCCAGUCAAGCACACCCAUAACGUUGGAGUUCAAGAAUCCCGUGAUGGGCCUCUUGUGGAUCUCGGUAGCACCAACAAGUCCAACAGCCUCGAGAAAAACGAGCAGCGGGUUCAGGCCCUUAACAACCUCAACCAGCAGAACCUGAGGAGUAUGAGCAACCCUAGCCCACCAAUCCCAUCCAAACCACCAGGGGGAUUUAGCAAACCAACCGCAAUGCUGAACGGUUCAGGCGUACGGAUGCGGAACGGUGUCCGUCAGGCAGCAGUGCGACCACAGUCAGUGUUUGUGUCUCCCCCACAGCCUCUGAAGGACACCAACAUCCAUACAGGGUCUUUGAGGAGAAAUGAAUCACUGGGUGCUGGCGACCACUUGAGGUCCACAGGAGUAAGGCGAAACUCCUCCUUUUCUGCCGUUCGACCGCAGCCAGCGACCGAUGUGCGGGUGAGGGCUGGGACCACCAUUACAGCUCCCGUCGGAAGUUCAAGCCCCUUGAUUUCCCAGAGAAAUGGAAUUCCAAUCUCUACAGUAAGACCCAAGCCCAUCGAGAAGACACACCUCAUUCACAACAACCUUCGAGAGGUUUACGUAUCUAUAGCUGAUUACCGUGGCGAUGAAGAGACCAUGGGUUUCUCGGAGGGCACUAGUCUUGAAGUUUUGGAGAAGAAUCCAAAUGGAUGGUGGUACUGCCAGGUUCUCGAUGGCUUACAGGGACGUAAAGGCUGGGUACCGUCUAACUACCUGGAGAGAAAAAAGUAAUUCCCCCAAAAUGUUUUAAACAUGCACAAUUGUAAUCAAAAUGUAAAAAGACGAACUGACUGAAGGACUUUUGGUUUGAAACGAGAGGGACAGAGCCUUUUAGAAAGGAGUUUACAUUAAAACUAGAGUAAUGCAGGUGAAUGUUUAGCAAAAUACCUGCCGAAACUUUAUGCCAAAUGGGUGCCUUCUUACAUCUUUCACUGAAUGUUAAGAGGAAUUGGUCAAAUACCAGUGAAGCAACGAAAAUACCAAACUUCAACUUAGUGCCAUAGGCCUACAAGUACUGAAAGCAACAAACUUAUUUUUGUUACAACGUUGAAAAGAGAGAAAGAUAAUUUCAGCAUAGAUGCAUAACAAAAUGUGCAAAUUCAAUCUUAAGCACUCAAAAACAAGAAAUUUCGUUAAAAAUGUUUUGAA